CGGAUCGCAUCGCAUCGCAUCGCAUCUGGAGUAGAUCAUCAUAGUCUUUCGAAAAAAAAAAAGGAAUGACGGCGGAAGCGGAGGCAAAACAGCUUGACAGCGUCACCGACGUGGUGAAGGAGGCGGAAAUCGAUACCGCGAAGGCGCAAGAGGCGAUCGGGCUGAUCCGCUCCAAGACCAACGACGACCAGCAGGCGGCCGCGCUCGCGGCCGUGACGAUAUCCAGAGGGGACGUGGAGCUGAUCGUCUCGGAGCUGGAGGUGACCGAGGAAGUCGCCGAACGGACCCUGAGGGAGGUUUCGCUGGACGCUAAGGGAGGGAACGUCGUGGAGGCGGCUCUUCGGGUGCUGAUUGCGUGAGGAACGCACAGAACUCUCCUAGAUUACGAGAAUAUCAUUCACACAAUACAGAUAUCGAAAAAAAUAAAUUCGUGGUGAAAGGUGACAACGUUGCAC